AAAGCAAAAGAUUUUACAGGUUUAAGUACUAGAAGGAGUUGCCUGACUACCGACAGCGAUAACUAGUGAUCUAGAUUAAGCAGGUUUUCUUUUGAAUGGGCUUUUUUUCAGCUUUCAGUUUAGGUUCGGUUACAUUUUCACAGGGCUUCUUUAAAAAAUCCACAUUUUCUUCAACAUUUCAGCAUAAUUAAAUGGCUGGGGUGUAAACAAAGUCAUUCAAGUGGGUUUGGUGUGAAAUGCUCCGUCCUAGAGAAACGUACCGAGUCAGAAUUGUUCACAGUGGCGGUGAUGGGAACCAGACGUCUGAAGAGUUGAAUGUCUUUAAAAGCUCCUCACAGAACGUCAUUCUGUGAAAUGGUGAGUGAUACAUGAUGUCUAUAAAGGCAAAGCAGUGUGGGAUUAAGUUUAAUCCUCCUUCAGUUAUCCUCAUAUAUGAAAAUGGAGAUGGAAGAAACGUCCGUAAAAGAGUAAUACCAGUGAGAAACUUCUCUCAGUAUUCAGACUGCAGAAGGGCUGCAGAGAGGCUGAAGCACCACGUCCGCCAUAGUCUAUACCUGGAAUCUGUGCCUCUGGCACAGCUGGAGAGAUUACACACGGUUCUCCGUGACCACCUACGGGGUCUCACCGUAGAGGAGAGUCUGGCCGCACAGCGAGGUCCUGACCUACACGAAGAAGACCUCAACAAGCUCAGCGAUGAAGAGCUGAGCCGCAGGAAGGCCCAGAUGGACGUGCUGUUUGAGCGCAACAAGCGCCACAAGGACGAUCCAGACUUUGUGUAUGACCUGGAGGUGGAGUUUCCUGAACACAGUGUACGAGAAACUUGCAGCUGGGAUGAAGACCAAUCAGAUGAAGGGUUUUAGCAGACCAUAGACUUGUUCGUAAGACUUAGAAAAAGGCAGCAUCUGGCCAAUUUAUAUAGACUCCACAUAAACAACAGACUCAUAGUCUUUCGCUCCUUUAGUAAUGUUUUAUGACCUCUCCUAACACACGUGACCAUCAGAAUUGGCAUCCUUGAGUGAGAAAUGACUCCAGACACCUCAUCAGCCCACUGAGAGAUCACUUAAAAUUCUGUGCUAUUUUGAUGUGAUUCCCAAGUUUGACUAACAACAAGCACAAACCUGGAAUCCAGGGCCCGUAUUCAUCAAGCGUGUCAGAGUAAGAACACUCAUCUAAGAUCAGGGCACAUCAAUCCAUAUAGUCUUAUUCAGGGUUAUGUAAAAGGCACGAAGUGAGCCCAUAUGAACAAUCUUACUCAGAGUUUCAAGAAAUAUGGGCCCAGAAGAGAUUUAUAACGCAGAAGAGAGAUGUCCCUUAGCUCUCCUCUUGUUGGGCAGUCUUUUAAGUUUUUACUUUAAGGUGCAUUCCAGCCUAAACUGACAUUUAGUAUGUUAUUUAACAUUAUUUAAUAUUCUGUAGAACAGCUGUGCAUCCUUCAGCCUCAUCAAUUUGACGAAAUUCGCAGUUACGUGUCCUUUAUGUGCUUCAAUUCAUUAAUGUUGAAUUGAAGCACAUGUAGUUUUUUUUUAAGUUCCUCCCACAUUAUAAGGGGUUUUGUCUAUCAUGGUACCACUGUAUACUCUCAGAAAUAAAGGUAUGAAACUGUCACUGGGGUGGGACCCUCAAGGGUCCAUCUCAGUAUCUUCAGUCAGGGAACAUAACUAAACCAUAAUCCACUGAAAUGAUCUGUUCUAAG